AUGUACAACUUCGUUUUCUACGCCACGUUCUCAGUCUCCAGCGCCUCGCUUCUACUCAUCAAUUGUUCCAGGAAAAAGAAGGGCGACUCGGCCGAAAAGGACACGACGAGGACGACGCUGUCCUCGCGACAACUUCCCACAUCGGCCACCUCGUCGCGAGGACACUCCAACCACAGCAGCGCAAACUCCAAGGGGAAAGGCGUACAGGCGGCCAAAAACACGCCAAAGCGUCCCCCCGCGACUUCCCAGUGUGAGCUGGCUAAACCCAAGCAAAGCUCGUUUAAUGAGGCCACGACCAAGGACGUCAAGAGGAACGCAUCAACGGUGGAGCGAGGCCAUAAAGUGAUCCGGCCCGGCGUUCAGGAUCCCGUCACCACUGCCCUACCAAUGCGUGUCCCUAUCCGCAAACGGGCCGCCAACGCUUCUGACCUGGAAAAGAUGGGAAUGGUGGCCCCGCAUGCGAAGGAAUGGCGUGAAAUGGGCACCCACGAUCGGCUCGAGCCAGAAUACGUACUUCCGCAUGCGCAAAUGUACCGAGCAACUACCGAAACGACGACCCAAACUGGUGAGGGGACACGGGAGAGUCCGAAACAGGAGAAGCGCCAGCUAAAGACGGCCAACACCAUGGAUAGCCAUCGAUCCAGAAGGGACGAGGAGGGCGGAGAGAAUUUGAAAGGGGCAAAGAUUACGAGGAAAGCGUCGGAAGUGAUGCCGAAGGAGCUGCCGCAAAUGAUCCACACGGCGGAAGAU